AGUAUUAGGGCAAAGGAAGAUGCCACUGGAAUCUCGCCAAGGAUGACUCAAGGAGACCGCUGGGUCUGCUGUCUGAGAGACUGUCACAUGUCCAGGUCCAAAACUCCUUAGCGUUCUGCUGUAGGAUGGUGUCUGUUGGAGUGUUCAGUGGUAGUUCCAUGGUUGGCCAAACAUUUCUGACCUGUUUGUGUCAUAGGCAAAUCAAGAAAACUGAUAUCAGUUUCAACAAACCUGCAAAGUCACUAUACCCAUAAACCUUUUUGUCAGCAGUAAACACAGAUGUAUACAUGAUUUUUACUGACUGAACUAGCUCAUUGAAGACAACAUGGUUGCUGGACCCACACAGGAGAAGUAGCAGCAGGAGCACAUUCCAGGAGGUAUGGAGGGAAACUCUCCGGCCAGCAAGUCCCUCCCAAGGAGCCACACUUGCAGGUUGUACACAAAGUGUGCAAAAUAUUUGGGGUUGUGAAGUGGAACAUACUAAAAUAACAUCCCCAUUAUUAUGUUAACUGAUGUUAAUGUUCAUUAUGAUACAUAUUGCCCCUUUUCAAACAUGCAGAUUGGAACUCUUGAGCUGGCAUAAACUCUGUAAUGCUUAAAUUUAUAAAAUUAUUGGCCGUCUUAGUGCUGCAUGCUUCACAAAUCCUCACAGCAGACAAAGAGGAUUCCAACUGUAUUCUAAAGGUUAAUUUCAAGCAAAUGAGGCAGUGGUCACAUUAGUAAUUCAACCCUCUGAUUAUCUGAGAUCUCAGCUGGAAAGGAAAGCCUCAAGAUGUGAGCAGAUAACAUAAUCCCUAAAAGUAAUUUAGCUGUUCCCCAUCAGUGGUAAAUUUUCCUGGAGGAGCCAGUGCUAACUUUGUCCCACUUUCAGAUGCUGGCAUUCGUGUGCACUCUCUGCUCCUUCUUCAGCCCUCCAAACAAGCAGCCAGCUUGUUUGGAGGCAGCUGCCCCAGAACAAUUUGCUCUGUGGCCAAGCCUCACCGUUCCUGUUAGCUGUGGCUCUGAGGCUCGGCAUUCUCAGCUGGAAUGCCACACACUGAUGGGGUAUGCAAAGCUCUGGAGUGUCCUCAAUGAAUCUGUGCAGGUUCAACAGGACCCUGUGUUUUUAUUGGAGAAAUACAGAACUAUAUAGUGAACAGUAGUGCCUCAAGGAAUCAGGUACUUGGGAAGAAAAAAUACAUGAGGGUUUUUUUUCCCCUUCUCACUAAAACUUAAAGUGGGAGCCAGCUUUUUCCAUGAAUGCAAAAGUGAUUGAGUUUGAUGUAUGCCUAGAGUGAUUGUUCCUAAAGAAUGUUGGCUUGGCACUUUGCUCAGGAACAUUCUGCCUGCUCCAAAGGGCUCCAGCCCUAAAAAUCCCUUGGCAAACAGAUCUGAAUUUUGUGACCCUCUGCUGAGUAUGUGCCCCCUCAGCUGCUGACAAAUACUUACUGCAUGUAUUCAUCAGGAUAGUUCAACAUUUGUCCAGAGUUCAAACUAAGUUCAGCACGUUUUAGGGUUGUUCUUGUUUAUUUAUGAACAAAUAUAUGCACAAUGGCUUGAUUUCAUUUGUAACAAUUUGGGGGUGGAGGAAUGAACUGACCAUAACCAUAAUACUUGUCAACAUACUUGUAGUGUGUUCCAAGGGUAAAAAUAGCUCAUGACAAAUGUAAGGCAUGGGAGCCUGAGCUCUUCUUGGAGUGACUGAGAGUCCUGUAGGGUUUGGGUGUCACUAGGAAAGAACCUCCUCCAUCUACUGUGGAGAGGAGAAUCCUUAAGUUCAGCACACCUAAGCACCUCUGCAGUUGACAGAAAUGUUGUAAAGAAAGAAUAUAGUGGAUAAAUGAAUAAAGGAAAAAAAAAACCCAAAACCCAGAAUUUGUCAUUUUGAUCCUGUUGACUUCAAUUUUUGUCAGGUAUGGGCUGGUUCAAUAGAAGGUUUCUUGCUAUGUAGCUGUAUCUAAAACUCCUGACCAGCUGACUCUCACAGGCCUGGACUGCAGAAAUCCCAGAGAAAUGUAAAGAUCUAACCCAAAUCCAGACAAAUAGGAAUCCUGGUUGGAAAAAAAAUUAAAAUGUCAAAGAAGACAGGGUGUUUCCAAGCCCAGAAGAGCUACAGCACACCUUGCACUUGAAUGUAACCUCUGGGCGUUGUGAUGGUAACACAUGUAUGUAACAAGGCAUGUGUUCCAUCAGCAUGUUGUGCCAAAUUAGGUUCUUACACCCAGUGUGCAAGAGGCCAAUCAACACUCAAGAGUCAGGUAUUUGAUUUAUUUACAGUUCUGCAAAGAAAGGCAUGCUGGGUGGCAAAUCCACUAUCAGAAGAUUUCACUACUUACACAUUUUAGCAAAGGCACGAUUGUUCCUUGGCUACAAGUUCCAUAGUUCUCCUACGACUUAGUGUUCUAAUUUUUAUUGGUUAACUGAGUCCCUCUCUUCUUGUGCUAAUUAGUACACAUACUCAGUCUUUCCCUUCUUUUGAGUCAGGGGGCCACGAGUUGGUGGUUACAAUUUCCCUCUGCCAGAAUUACAUUUCACCCAGUUGGAGCUGAUUUCAGCACAGUUGCUGAAUUGGCUUUGUUAGUUUCUUCCUUAUCGUGGGAGCUCUGCCAAAUGUCUUUGUGGUCUGUAAAUUCUGCAUUCUUUUUACCCACUAUCAGCAGGACAUCCUUCUUCCCAAGCUUUUUUAACACCACCCUCUCCCCACCAGGUUUGAGAUCACUGAAGCCAAGCCCAAAAGUUUAACAAGGCAAUUCUUCCAACACGUAAUUUAUCUAAUAUUUUAUGCUGGUUUUGGCUGGUGUGGAGUUAAUUUUCUUCACAAUGGCUGGCAUGGGACUGUGUUGGAUUUGUGCUGAACACAGGGUUGAUAACGGAGAGAUGUUUUUGUUAUUGUUGGGCAGGGCUUACACAGAGCCAAGGCCUUUCCUGAUUUUUGCGCUGCCACGCUGGUGGGGAGGCUGGGGGUGCUUGGGAGGAGGCACAGCCCGGACAGGUGACCCCAGCUGACCAAAGGGACAUUCCAGACCAUGGAACAUCACGCUCGGUAUAUAAGGCAGGGGAGGAAGGAGGAAGGGGAGGACGUUUGCAGCGAUGGCGUUUGUGCUGUUAAAUCACUGCGAAGUGUGAUGGAGCCCUGCUCUCCUGGGGAAGGCUGAGCACCCGCCUGCCCAUGGGAAGCAGGGAAUUCAUUCCUUGCUUUGCUUGGGUGCGCGGCUUUUGCUUUCCCUAUGGUACUGUCUUUACUUCAACCUGUGAGUUUCCUACCUUUACCCUUCCGAUUUCCCCCGCGAUCCCGCGGCUGAGGGAGGCAGCGAGCAGCCCCAGCAGCGCAGCCGGCAGGGGCUGCGGGCGGACCCCCGAACCUCCGCCGGCUGGCUGAGGGACGCGCCAGGCACGCUGGGGCGGGGAGUUCCGGCUGGGCGCCGCCUGUAGGUCAGGCCGUGAUUAGGAACUACACUUCCCACCGUGCCUCGCGGCGAAAAGAGGCGAUAAAAGGGGGAACAGCGCAGGUGUCUCGCCGGAGGGCAGGUGCGGGCCCCUGGUUCGGCUCAGCUGAGGAUCAGUGCUCCCGAGGCCUCAUGAAGCCGCAAGAGCCGCCGGAGAGCGGCCCCGCCGCCGCGCUGGAGGCGCUGAAGCAGUGGGCGUGCGAGAGUGUGGAUCUGAACGCUGCGCGUCUGGGCGCGCUGAGCCGCGACAUCUGGAGCCGUCCCGAGCUGGCGUACGCGGAGCACCAGGCGCACGAUGCCCUGACCCGCUUCUUCUCCGGCGGGGACCUGCCCGGCGCCGCCUGGGCCGUGCAGCCGCGCUACAAGCUGGGCACCGCUUUCCGCGCCGACUGGGGCACGGCGGCCCCGCAGGACCCGCUCCGCCUCGCCUUCCUCUGCGAGUACGACGCGCUGCCCGGGCUGGGGCACGCCUGCGGCCACAACCUCAUCGCCGAGGUGGGAGCCGCCGCCGCGCUGGCGCUCAAGGCCGCCCUGGAGAGCCUGGCGGAGCCCGUGGCCGUGCAGAUCACGGUGCUGGGGACCCCCGCGGAAGAGCAAGGAGGAGGCAAAAUAGACCUCAUCAAGGCUGGAGCGUUCGAUGGCCUGGAUGUGGUUUUCAUGGCGCACCCGUCGCAAGAAAACGCUGCUUACCUGCCCGACGUGGCCGAGCAUGAUGUGACUGUGAAAUACUAUGGAAAAGCUUCUCAUGCUGCUGCUUAUCCUUGGGAAGGAGUUAAUGCAUUAGAUGCUGCUGUUCUUGCCUACAACAAUCUGUCUGUUUUAAGACAGCAGAUGAAACCAACCUGGAGAGUUCAUGGUGUAAUAAAAAAUGGUGGUGUGAAACCUAACAUCAUUCCUUCUUACACUGAACUAGAGUUUUACUUGCGUGCUCCUUCAAGGAAAGAGCUUUCUGUUCUGACAGAGAAGGUUGAAAACUGCUUCAAAUCUGCAGCAGUGGCCACAGGAUGCAAGGUGGAAAUAAAAGGUGGUGAAAAUGAUUACUACAAUGUGCUUCCAAAUAAGAGCCUGCAGAAAAUUUACAAGGAGAAUGGAAAGAAGCUUGGAAUAGAUUUUAUAUCAGAAGAUGCUAUCUUGAAUGGUUUGUCAGGUUCCACAGACUUUGGAAAUGUUACAUUUGUGGUCCCUGGGAUUCAUCCUUAUUUUUAUAUUGGCUCUGAUGCAUUGAAUCAUACUGAGCAGUACACAGAAGCUGCAGGGUCACAGACUGCUCAGUUCUACGCCCUGCGCACAGCAAAGGCUUUGGCAAUGACAGCACUGGAUGUCAUUUUCAAGCCAGGUCUGUUAGAAGAAGUCAGGGAGGACUUCAGAGAAGUGAAGCUGAAAGAAGAGGAACAAACAAAUCCAGUAGAACCUAAAAAAGAAUCUGGUGUUGGUGAAGGAGCAUGUGCAUCACACUAAACUUGAUUAAAGCAUUCUCAGUAGCACUGACUUAAUGGAGAUGCUGUAUUUAAAUCCCAAUAGGGGCUGGAUAAAUACAUAGCUGAAGAAAUUAUGAUUUUUUUUAAUUUGGACUUCAGGAGAAGUAAACAGUAUAAUUGCUUUCAAAAAAUGUGAAAUUACAUCUAGCUGUAAUGUUUGUCUUCACUAGGGUGAUGAUUUUCAUACAGAGAUCUCAAAUAUGUUCUCUUUAAUUUGCAGUGUUGAAUAAAUUACAGUGUUUAGAUCCCUUGUCAGUGAUUUUCUAUGUAGUGCUAUAUUAAUAUUCCUUAUAGAGAAGUAUGGUAUUUUUCUGUUCUAAAAUAAGCACUUUUCAUUCAGUGAUUAUAUGCUGAAUCUGAUCUGUGAAGCUUUUAUGAAAUUUCUGGUCACUUUUCUUGGGACAGGAUAGAGACUUAAAAAAUGAGCUGGUUUCACUGGAGAGAAGGGGCUAUGUUUGGAAAUAUACUUGGUUUUGAUAAUAGUAGCUUCCAGCAAUGGAAGAGGACCGUUUGUAUAGGAGUGCAAUCUGUAAAGCUUGAUUGUCCUCAAACUUGUUGAUUUUCCUCCUAGCAAAUUUUGGAGGUGUUGUGGAGAAGUCAUGGAUCACAAAAUUGGAAAACAGCUAAAUGUUUAUUUGAUUAAAUCAACACAUUUAAACUACUACAAGAAAAAUUCUGCUCUGAGGCAAUACAGGUGUCCACACAAGGUGUUGCAUUAGCUUAACUGCUGAUCUGAAGGAGGUGUACAAAUUAAUCUAAACCAGUGGAAAUCUUUGUGACAAAGCUACAAGUGUGGUGCCAUGAAGCAAUAAAUGGUUGUGUGCAAGUCCCUCUAGUAAUCUCAGAGGAGCUUGCAGUGAGGACUGCUGGCUUUUUUAACCUGUUUGUUCCCGUGUCCUAAGCAGCAGAUCUGUAAAGUCUUGCCAGUUGUCCUUUCUGUGUGUUGUAUGGUUAGUCCUUUUAAUCUUUGUUAUUUUGCUUCUCAAGGACAUUGAUACUGCAGUUUUAGUUAGGUGGUGUUUUGUGUACCCAAACAUGUUAGGAUGUCUUUUGAUUCACUGGUUAAAGGAUUUUGUGAGUACACAAAAAAGAAGUCAGUGGACAGAUGGAGUGAGAAAGCAACUUCCUGAUUAAUGUUUUCCUAAGCACAGGUACUACUGUAAGCUUCAGAAAGGCAGGCAGGCAGGCAGGCUGUUGUGUUCCUCAGGAAGUCUGAAUAACUGACUUUCAGAAAUAUAUAUAUAUUUUUUAAACAGUCUCUAAAUGGUAAACUCUAAAAUUCUGUUCAGUAUUUAUAGUUCAUUUAUUUCUAUAUUCACUUUAAUUUUACACCAGUAUCCUUGCUUUCAUUAGCAAAGGGUUUUCAUAGAUGGAUGUGAGAAACAGGUGAAGGUGGGACUCUGAGCUAUAGAUGUGUCCAGGAUAGUAAGUUAAAUACUAAAUCCAUCUGAAAUUUGUUCUAAGGUUUGUUAGAGGAACUUUGUCCUUAACUUUUAAUUUACAGUCUGCCUUGCUCAUUCUCAGACACAAUUGUAAUUCAUUAAGAUCUACUGGGUUAACAGGCUAGUGCAUUGAUUUCCUUAGCACAUGUGGCUUUUUAUUUCCUCCUGCAAGAACUGCUUAACUCCUUGCUUUGCUGUUUUUAAGAUGGAGUGUUUGGAUCCCACAUAGCACAUGCUGUGUUGUUAUGUUUCCUACAAGCUGAUGUGCAUUAAAGCCUCCUCAGUUCUCUUUGUUCAGACUUCUUAGCUGCAUCAUAUCCAAGAUCAGUUAAUUAAACUUCUCUGAACUAAAAGUAUGUCUUCAUUUUGUUGUAAUCAUUGCUGGAAUAAAAAUGGAGUUGAAGUACUGAUUAAAGAUGAGUUGAUAUUAAUAAAGGAAUUUAAUUGUGAUUGAA